UGGCUAUUUAGUAUUAGACUGGGUCCCAGUUUUCAUUUCCAUCUGUACGUUGAUUUAUAUGCAUCUCUAAAUCAGUUUAUGUCAGAAUCAUCAGAUGACUGUCUGUGCAUUGUAAUUUUUAAUGAGAUAAGUGAGAAUUUGAAUUGAAGAUGGCCAAACCUCAAUCUUGUGACACAUUUGUUGCUCUUCCACCAUCCACUGCUGAUGGGUGUGUAAUAUUUGGAAAGAAUUCAGAUAGACCUGAUGACGAAGUACAGGAAGUGGAAUAUUAUCCUAGUAAGGAACACCAACCAGGAUCUAAAGUUAUGUGUACAUACAUUGAGAUAGACCAAGUACCAAAGACAAAUGCUGUAAUUCUGAGUAAACCAGCCUGGAUGUGGGGGGCAGAGAUGGGAGCCAAUCAACAUGGGGUCUGUAUUGGAAAUGAAGCAGUGUGGACUAAGUUAAAUAGUGAUGAUGAUUUGACAGAGAGACUUCUCGGGAUGGAUAUAGUAAGACUUGUUCUGGAAAGAGUGAAGACAUCAAAAGAGGGUGUUGAACUGAUAGGAGAAUUAUUAAAUAACUAUGGACAAGGGGGAUCCUGUUACGAGUCCACACAACUUUCAGCUUACCACAACAGUUUUCUGUUAGCAGAUAGAACAGAAGCCUGGGUUUUAGAGACAGCUGGCAGAUUCUGGGCAGCUGAACUAAUUAAAGAGGGAGUUAGAAAUAUUUCCAACCAGCUGACCAUUGGUACAAAAAUAGACAUGAUGUCACCUAAUCUUAUAGAGGAGGCUAAAUCAUCCGGAUUGUACAAGGAAUCAGAUGGAGAUUUUAACUUUUCUCUUGUGUUUGCUAAAGAUACUACACCUGUUAACAGAUUUGUAAAUGGUAAAAGACUACUUGAGGAAUAUUCUAAAGAAGGUAAAUUUGGAAUGAGAGAUAUGGCUAAGAUUCUACGUGACGAGAAAAAUGAAAUCUGUCGUUUAGGUGGUGGAGGGUUGAGUCUGUCAACAGGAAGUCAAAUAUCGGUAAUCCCAACUGGUGCAUCCCUUUCCCCGCCGUUACAUUGGUUUACAGCCACACCCAAUCCAAAUGUAAGCAUCUACAAACCAUUCAUCUUUUGUCCAGAUGUUGAUCUUGGUGAUCUAACUGUCUCUCCUAAGUUUGGUGCCGAUGACCCAUUGCUUAUGCAGCCACGUUUUAGUAAAACUGUUGAUAGACGACAUGCUCUUUACAAAGGACAUGACAAUUUUGUCAAGUUAUUGAAUACAGAGAAUCCUAUGGGAUUAAUGAUUUCACAAAAUCUGAAAGAACUAGAAGAUAAAUGUGUUGAUGAUAUGAUGGAAAUCUUACAAAACUUUGAUGAAAAUAGUUGCAAGAAAGUAUCACAGAUCUUCAAACAUAUGUGUAAUAUUGAACUGAAUUUCUACAAGAUUGGAUAGAUAAACUAGAGACUUUUAGCUAUUUAAAUGUUCUGUGAUGUCUUGCAAUAAAUGUGUAUAUGCUCUUAUCGUGCUGAUGAUUUAUUCAUAUUUCUGAUUGUUUUCAUGUUUUAUAUAAUUGACUGUAAUGUAAUGGUCAAUGUUUUUUUGUUUAUUAUUUUUCUAAUUUACUUAAUUUUAAUAUAAUUCCUAUUUACAAUUUUUGAAAUACAUUGAAAUAAAUAAUGAAGAAAAGAUAAUGAUGAAGUUGUGAUACUGAAAUCAAACAUUUAUUGGCAUUUAUCCAUCUUACAAGCAAUGUAUCAUCGGUAUAUUUUUAGAUUUCAUAUAUCAAAGAUACAAAUGUGUUUUUGUGUGCAAAUGAGAAUUUUCUCUAAUAAAUCUGUAAUUUAACAGUUAUGUGCAAACACCAUUUAUGAUGUGUUUGUGUACAGAGAUAUUUGAAUAUUGUUAUGUUUCUGUCCUUUCUAGCUGAUUUGAUAUUUAACAUGAACCAUAAUGUGAAGCAAAAAUAGAACAUGAUAUAAGAUUUUUUACAUUUGAUUAUGUACCUUAUAACAUUUAUUGUACACUUGUAUUGCCAAAAAUUAGGCAAACUAUGAUUGAUUAUAUUGUUGUAUUAUUUGUAAGGAUAUAACCAGUUUUUUAACAUUCCAAUGUAUAUCUAUAUUGGUAACGUUUUCAUAUGCAGGUCAAUGACAGAAUAUUAUGAUAUAUUAUCAUAAUGUUUACUCAAGAAUGCUUAUACUGAAUCUAAAAUAGUGACUCAAUGAUUGACAGCAUUGUGCUUCAUUGGAUUUUUUUAUAGAUUUUAAGUUUUGCUGUCCUUGUCAGUUAAGGAAUUUGGUAAAAAAAAAAAGACUAAUUCAAUUUUUCUUUGAUGAAUUCUUACAUUUGUUCUCAAAACAAGUAAGCUUUCAUAUAAUUUAUAUCUGUUAUUUUAAUUCUACAAAACUGAUAAAAAAUGUAGACUUUUAGAGCGUUCAGAAGGCCAGUGUAAGCUUUUGACCUAUGUUGUGAUCUGUCAUUCAUCUGUUAUGUUUCUCUUUGCAAACAACGAGACAACCUUAUUCAAACAUCUUCCCUGAAACCACAUGUCAAACUUAGUCAAACAUCUUCCCUGAAACCACAAGAAAACCUUAUUUUACUAAAAACAUGUUUAUUUAAUACAUUCCAUGUUAUAUAUGAUGUACCCUACUAAUUGACCAACAUGAACGAUGUUAUUUGCAAUUAAGGAAUAUGAUAAUAAUAACCUACCAAAUAGCUGCUGAAUUAUGAAUAAAUGAUAAAGUUUUUAACUCCACACCUAAAUAUUUUAGUCAUUCACCAUUCUUUAAAUCUACAAAUGCUGCUGAAAAGUGUUUAUGUCAGAAUUAUGUUGACUUGUACCCUUCUCAUCAAUGCUUUUGGAACAUUUGUAUCUUAUUAAUUCAAAGUAGGUGAGCAUAGAAGCCAGUGAAUAACACAGACUUUUAUGGCAUUCAGUUUUCAAGUUACAGUUUAUAAUUGAGUCGUAUUACAUAUGCUGUUGAUAUAUUAACCGGGAUGUGCAAUGUUGUAAGUCUUUCUCAAUUAGAAUGUGUAUGUGUUUGAUAUGCAAAGGCUUAAGAAUAAAUCAUUCAAACAGUA